AUGUUCCAUCAGUUCCAUGUAAGACCGGAAGACCAAGACUACCUGAGGUUCUUAUGGUGGGAGAAUGGUGACCUGAUGUCUCCGCCAUCAACUUUCCGGAUGAAAGUCCAUCUGUUUGGGGCAGCCUCCUCACCCGGCUGUGCCAAUUUUGGUCUCAAACAUCUAGCCGCUAAAGGUCAGGAUCAAUUUAACCAAAACGCUGUUAAAUUCAUCCAAAGGAAUUUUUAUGUUGACGAUGGACUGGUGAGUGUAACGUCUGAUGCUGAGGCAAUUCAACUCAUCAAGGAAGCAAGAGGUCUUUGCAGCACAGGCAAGCUAAGACUACAUAAGUUCGUCUCCAACAGCAAGCAUGUAUUGAAAUCAAUACCAAAGGAAGAGUGCGCUGAAAGUGUCAAAAACCUUGAUAUGGCUUUGGGAGAGCCACUCAUGGAAAGAGCUCUCGGAGUGCAAUGGUGCGUGUCCUCUGAUGACUUUCAGCUCAGAGUUACAGUCAAGGAACACCCGUUGACCAGAAGAGGAGUGCUAUCAACAGUAGCUUCCAUCUACGACCCAUUGGGGUUCGUAGCCCCAUUCAUUCUCCUAGGAAAGCAGAUAUUGCAACAACUGUGUCGAGACAAGGCCGGUUGGGAUGAACCACUCUCAGAGGAGCUCAAGACACAGUGGGAAUCUUGGCUACAAGAUCUACAAAACUUGUCUAAUGUAAGGAUCAGAAGGUGCUAUAUUCCAGCAAACUUCAUAGAUGUCAAACAGUACGAGCUUCACCACUUCUCAGAUGCCAGCGUCACAGGCUAUGGGGAGUGUACUUAUCUCAGAACAAUCAACACCAAUGGGGAUGUCCAUUGUUCGUUAGUCAUGGGGAAAGCACGUGUUGCCCCCACCAAAGUGACCACAAUACCACGCCUUGAGUUAUCUGCAGCAGUGGUAGCAGCAAGGACAAGUGUUGUGCUCAGAAAGGAGCUCGAAAUAGAUGGUCUUCAAGAACAUUUUUGGACAGACUCAAAGGUUGUCCUUGGACAUAUAAACAAUGAUGCAAGACGAUUCCAUGUCUUUGUGGCUAACAGAAUCCAAAGAAUCAAGUCCACUACAGAUUCAAAGCAAUGGCGAUUUGUACGUUCUGAAGAUAAUCCUGCGGAUCAUGCUUCAAGAGGCCUAAAGGCAGAUCAGCUUGUAGCUUCAACUUGGUUUAAUGGGCCAGAUUUUCUGUGGAAAAGAGAGCUACCCAUAGAAGACGUCAAAGUAAGUGAGGUCAUUGACAAUGAUCCAGAACUUCGAAAGGCCCAGGUGCUCAACACAAAAGCAAAAGAGGACAGGACAUUGUUAGACCGCCUGACAAGGUUUUCUGACUGGAAAAGAGCCGUCAAAGCUAUUGCUCGUCUUAAGCGCCAUGCUAAGCAAAUCAAGGGUCUCAAACUUAAAACAAAUGAAGCCACAAGUGUUGAGGAAAGACAGGAAGCAGAGCUUUUCAUCAUCAAAUUGGUUCAAACGGAAGUAUUCAGCACUGAAAUCAAUGGAGAUUAGCAAGAGUAGCACAGGUGUACCCUAGCACUGAUGGAAGAGUCAGAAAGGUAAAACUGUUAAUUAGUGACUCAACCUUAGAUAACCAGGGAAAACGCACUACAAAGCCAGUCUAUCUUGACAGGCCUGUAUACAAGACAGUUUUACUGCUUGAAGCAGAAUGAAUGUUAUGGUUAUUUUGUGAGGUGAAAUCCCAAAGGAUGUGAUUU